GACCGAAGAAGAAAUGAAAAUAUUGAAAAGGAUCCUAGGUUUGCUGAGCCUCCAGGUGUUGAAUGAAGAAACAAGUGGUUGCAAGGAAGAAGAGAAGCUCUCCCUGGCCACCACCGCCCCCAAGAAGUCGCCAGCCAAGCGGACCAGAUGGAACAUGCUGAAAUGCGCCUACAUGAUGGUCAGCUUCCUGUUCGUGUCCUACAACAAAGGAGACUGGGACCGACCCCUGCUGUUCUUUCUAGCGACCCUGCUCCGUCUCAGCUCAGCCGUCGCCAGUCCUUCAUCUGCCCUGAAGUCUCGCCUCCCGAGAAGCCUGCCGGCCCCAGAUGACCAGUCUGGAGGGUAACGAACUGGGGUCCUCUGAGGAUGACCCCUUUCUACCCAGAGGCACUGCGGGAAGGUGUCCCUGAGGGUCCCAACAGGCCCAGGGCGAGUGAGCACCCACAGGGGUCUCCCCACAGCUGCUGUCCCUGGCCUUUCCCAACCUCCCCCACUGUUCCUCUAAUUAAACCUACCCUAUUUGAAGCA